AUGCACUGGUCGCCUGGCCGCACAUCUGGCCGUGUUUCUGAAGCAUGUCAGAUUUGGUUCCCAGAUCAUCACCCCUACCUCAUCGAAAAUUCCCGGAGGAAAAUGUGUGAGCCUGACCAGACGGUCCAGACCAGAGAAGAGGUGCAUAAGACAAUUGCUGAGUUGGAGACUAGGCCGGCCAUACCACAUCUGCUGAGCAACCUCGUGCUAGACACUCAGCAACCGAAGAUCGAUCCAGAUACUGUCAGCUACGCAUACUUGAUGGUGUUUGGGGUGGCCAGCUACACGGAUCGUCCGUUGGCACAUGCCGAUCAAUUAUGGUUCGCCGUCCAUAUGCCCCCAGAUGUAUGGACUAUUCACAAGGUACAAGUCUCUUCUCCCAUAAGGCGGGAGGCUGGAGGGCCGGUGAUCCUUCCACGAAACUUGAUCCGGCCGAGACUACGACCUCUAGAGCAGCCACACGCCGAGCGUCUCAACCACAAACGGAUUCCAAACGCAAUGCUGGACUGGGGUCAACCAGCUCAAAUCAUGUCCCACACCACCUCCAGCCGCAUUCCCUCGGCUCCUCGCCUUGCGAUUGGUACACAAUACAACAUUAGAGCUUUCUACAGCUCUCUAUAUGCCUCCCCUAUCAUAAACGAGACGAUCUAA